AGGUGGGGAAACCUCACCAUGGAAGUGUUUUCAAGGUCUUUUCGAGGUGAAGACGAUGAAGAAGCUCUCAAAUGGGCUGCAAUUGAGAGGCUGCCUACAGGUUUGCGUAUCGGUAGAGGCUUGUUCAUUGAUGGGGAGGGCCAAGCUAGAGAGGUUGAUGUCGAAAACCUUGGUUUACUUGAGAGGAAGACUUUGUUGGAGAGGCUGGUUAACAAUGCUGAGAAAGAUAAUGAGAAGUUCUUGUUAAAGCUCAAGAACCGAAUUGACAGAGUUGGACUUGAUAUGCCAACAAUUGAAGUUCGGUUUGAGCAUCUAACUGUGGAGGCACAAGUUUAUUUGGGAAGCAGAGCACUGCCUACUUUACUCAACUUUGCCAUCAAUAUGAUACAGGGAUGGUUACAUUAUCUUCACAUUUUUCCAAGUAGAAAGGCAUCCUUAACAAUCCUUCAAAAUGUUAGUGGCAUUAUCAAGCCCCAAAGAAUGACCUUGCUUUUAGGCCCCCCAAGUUCCGGAAAAACCACAUUACUACUGGCUCUUGCUGGAAGACUCGGUAAAGAUUUAAAAUCUUCAGGAGACGUUACGUAUAAUGGGCACAGUAUGGCAGAAUUUGUACCUCAGAGAACAUCAGCUUAUAUAUGUCAGAAAGAUCUUCACAUAGGAGAAAUGACAGUUAAGGAGACACUGGCUUUCUCAGCUAGAUGUCAAGGAGUUGGGUCAAAUUGCGAAAUGUUGGCAGAACUGUCUAGAAGAGAGAAGGAUGAAAAUAUUAAGCCUGAUCCAGACAUUGAUAUCUACCAGAAGGCAGCAGCACUAGAAGGGCAGGAGAGUAGUGUAGUUGCUGAUUAUAUUCUCAAGAUUUUGGGACUUGAGGUUUGUGCCAAUACUAUGGUGGGGGAUGAAAUGGUAAGAGGCAUCUCGGGUGGAGAAAGAAAGCGAGUCACAAUAGGGGAGAUGCUUGUUGGACCAGUAAGAGCUCUCUUCAUGGAUGAGAUAUCAACUGGUUUGGACAGUUCAACAACUUUCCAGAUAGUAAACUCACUCAGGCAAUCUAUCCAUAUUCUUAGGGGAACUGGAGUUGUUUCCCUCCUACAGCCAGCCCCCGAAACUUAUAACCUAUUCGAUGAUAUAAUUCUACUAUCAGAUGGCCAAAUAGUGUAUCAGGGUCCACGCGAAUGUGUGCUCGGCUUUUUUGAAUUCAUGGGGUUCAAAUGUCCUGAGAGGAAAGGGGUUGCUGAUUUCUUGCAAGAGGUGACAUCCAGGAAAGACCAAGAGCAGUAUUGGGCACGUUUACAUGAGCCUUACAGAUAUGUUACUGUCAAUGAGUUUGCUGAAGCAUUCCAGGCAUUUCAUAUUGGCCAGAAACUUGGUGAUGAGCUUGCUAGUCCCUUCGACAGGUCCAAAAGCCACCGUGCUGCUUUAACAGCUAAGAAAUACGGUGUUAGCAAGACGGAGUUGUUCAGAGCUUGUGUUUCUAGAGAGUUUUUGCUCAUGAAGAGGAACUCAUUUGCCUACAUUUUCAAAUUGGCCCUACUUAUCAUCUUAGCUUCUAUAACAACAACAAUAUUUAUGAGAGUUGAGAUGCAUAAAGGCUCUGUGUUGGAUGGGGGAAUCUAUCUUGGUGCUUUGUUCUUUGCGGUCAUUGUAGCUAUGUUUAAUGGAAUAUCAGAGCUGAACAUGGCCAUUAUGAAACUUCCCAUCUUUUACAAGCAAAGAGACCUACUCUUCUAUCCUGCAUGGGCAUACUCAAUACCUGGAUGGAUACUCAAGAUCCCAAUCACUUUAGUAGAGAGUUUCAUUUGGGUGAUCAUUACUUAUUAUGUUAUAGGAUUUGAUCCACAUAUUGAAAGGUUCCUCAAGCAGUACAUGAUACUGGUGUGCAUAAACCAGAUGGCGUCCGGGUUGUUCAGAGCCAUGGCUGCAAUAGGAAGGGAUGUAAUAGUUGCUACCACAUUUGGAACCUUUGCAUUACUUAUAAUCUUGGUUUUGGGUGGAUUUGUCUUAUCUCGAGAGGCUAUACCAAAAUGGUGGUUGUGGGGGUACUGGAUCUCACCGUUGAUGUAUGGACAAAAUGCCAUAGCCGUGAAUGAAUUUCUCGGAAAGAGUUGGAGCCAUGAGCCACCUGGUUCUACAGAAUCCUUGGGAGUAAUGGUCCUGAAGUCUCAUGGCAUUUUCCCAGAAGCACAUUGGUAUUGGAUUGGAGUAGCAGCUUUAAUUGGAUACACUUUUCUGUUCAACAUCAUCAUUACUUUCGCUCUACAAUAUCUUGAUCCAUUUGGGAAACCUCAGGUAGUACUGUCCAAGGAAAGCAUCGCGGAGAGAAAUGGUAACGGAACUGGAGAGUUCAUUGAGCUGUUAUCAAGAGGAAAUAAGUCUUCUGCUUCUCUACAUGACAAUGCAGAAAGUAUUGUUGAAGGUGCAACAAGCUUGUCAUCAUCUACAAGUGGAGGAAGAAGUGAUAAUGCUAAUGGGAGAAGAAAGCGAGGAAUGGUUCUUCCUUUUCAACCCCUUUCCCUUGCUUUCGAUGAGAUCAGAUAUGCCAUAGACAUGCCACAGGAAAUGAAGGCUCAGGGCGUCAAGGAGGAUAGGCUGGAACUGUUAAAAGGUGUAAGUGGUGCUUUUAGACCAGGAGUCUUAACUGCCCUCAUGGGUGUUAGUGGUGCAGGCAAGACCACUCUAAUGGAUGUCUUGGCCGGAAGGAAAACUGGUGGACACAUUGAUGGAAGCAUCAUGAUAUCUGGGUACAGUAAAAGGCAAGAGACAUUUGCUCGCAUAUCAGGUUAUUGUGAGCAAACUGAUAUCCACUCUCCUCAUGUUACAGUCUAUGAAUCCCUCCUGUUUUCUGCUUGGCUUCGACUACUCCCAGAGGUUGAUCCUGCUACUAGAAAGAUGUUUAUUGAGGAAGUCAUGGAGCUUGUGGAGCUGACUUCAUUAAGGGGAGCACUUGUGGGACUACCAGGUGUAACUGGUCUUUCAACCGAGCAGCGCAAAAGACUGACAAUUGCCGUUGAGCUUGUUGCAAAUCCAUCUAUAAUUUUCAUGGAUGAGCCAACAUCUGGCCUUGAUGCCAGGGCAGCAGCAAUAGUGAUGAGAACAGUUAGGAACACAGUGGACACAGGAAGAACUGUGGUUUGCACAAUCCACCAGCCUAGCAUAGAUAUAUUUGAAUCUUUUGAUGAGCUUCUUCUUCUCAAAUUAGGAGGUGAGCCAAUAUAUGCUGGUCCAUUAGGCCUCCAUUCCUCCCAUCUGAUAGAGUACUUUGAGGGAAUUAAUGGUGUUCCUAAAAUUAAAGAUGGGUAUAAUCCUGCAACCUGGAUGUUGGAGAUUACUUCAGCAGCACAAGAAGAGGCUCUUGGGGUCAACUUUACAGAUGUGUACAAGAAAUCAGAACUAUACAAGAGAAUGAAAGACCUGAUCAAAGGACUGUCUAUACCUCCUCCAGGUUCUAAAGACCUGUACUUCCCUACUCGCUAUUCACAAUCUUUUCACACGCAAUGCAUGGCCUGCCUAUGGAAACAACACUGGUCCUACUGGCGAAACCCAUCAUAUAGUGCAGUUAGACUCUUAUUCACAACAUUCAUCGCAUUUUUGUUUGGUAUGAUAUUUUGGGAUCUUGGAUCAAAAAGAAGCAAGCAGCAAGAUAUCUUCAAUGCAAUGGGAUCUAUGUAUUCUGCUGUAAUCUUUCUCGGGGUCCAGAAUUCUGCCUCAGUGCAGCCAAUUGUGGAUGUUGAGAGGACAGUAUUUUACAGAGAAAGAGCAGCUGGUAUGUACUCGGCUUUGCCUUACGCUUUUGGACAGAUGAUGAUUGAAGUUCCCUACAUUUUCAUCCAAACAAUUAUCUAUGGGGUUAUAGUAUACACAAUGAUGGGAUUCGAUUGGACAGUUUCCAAGUUCCUUUGGUACCUUUUCUUCAUGUACUUCACCUUAUUGUACUUCACAUUCUAUGGCAUGAUGACCAUGGCACUCACUCCCAACCACAACAUUGCUGCUAUAACUUCAUCUUCCUUCUAUGCAAUAUGGAACCUUUUCUCAGGAUUUGUCAUUCCUCCAUCGAGAAUACCUAUAUGGUGGAAAUGGUACUAUUGGAUUUGCCCUGUUGCUUGGACCUUGUAUGGAAUGGCCGCUUCGCAGUUUGGAGACAUAGAGCACAAACUUGAUACUGGCGAAGCUGUUGAAGAUUUUCUGACAAGUUACUUUGGAUACAGGCACGAUUUUCUGGCCGUCGUUUCAGUGGUGGUUGUGGGGUUUUCAGUAUUGUUCGGCUUUAUCUUUGCUUAUUCCAUUAGAGCAUUUAACUUCCAAAAAAGAUAAGAUCGUUAGAGAAAAACAGAUAUGUACGAUAUUGCGAAGUGCAAAAUACAAGAGCAAUCAGUCAUUUUGUUUACUCUGCUAAUAGAAAUAUAGCACAAACGGGAAGACUCCAGCACUUUUUCUAUAGCAGAAACAACUAUCACGAACAAACAAAAUCCAAAACAAUAGCAAAUCCCUUGUACUAAGUAAAACCACACAAAUGUAAGUAGAAAAAGCAAACCCAUCAAGGGGUGCCUAACAAGUUAAAUCAGAGUUAUACAAAGAAACAAAUUACGUUACCGACUAG